GAGCGAGAGUGAGAGAGAGCGAGAGCGAGAGAGAGAGAAAGAGAGAGAGCUAGUGAGAGAGUAAGAGAGAGAGUGUGAGGGAGAGUGGACGGGGGGUGGUGAGUUCGCGCGGCCAUAGCAGAUUUUGUUUACCACUGAGAGCCGCCCUGUCCCUUCAGCCUCAUCUUCUCCUUCAGCGUCUUGUGCCACGACAGCGGGUGAGGCCUCUAAGCCGCCGCCGCCCUCCACCGCCAUCAUACUUUACAAAAUAAUGAGUGUAAAUCUGGGCAAUGACACGAAGGCCCCGUCCCCGGUCAGAACACCAGACGACAACCACAAGGAGAGUCGAUACGAGCCGAAACAAAACAAAAAGAUUGUCCGGCUGCUCACAGUGAUCGCGUAUGUCAUAUCGGUGUCCAUGGCCGCCAUAAUACUGUCCUUGUACUAUGUGUUCCUGUGGGAUCCGCAGAUGAGGUACCAGCCCAAAGCAAAACACGGGGCGCAAAACAAAAACACCAACACCAUAGAAGACAACUCGGCGGCUACUUCCUACUAUUCCUUAUCUUCUGAGGACGCUGCGGACAGGGUCUUGGGGAUGAUGGACGGGGACCCCCACGCCAAAGGUGCUGCCCGUGGCGGGGGAAGACUCACCCGCCCUGCCCACCCAAACGCCGCCAGAACCCGCCCUCCACCAGCCCCCUAACCUUCAGGGUGACUCGUCGCCGUCAUCACCACAGCGCCACCACAAUGCUGCUGCCCUGCAGCACCGGCAGGAGCGCCACCCACAGCGACCCAGACACCCACAGGGGGACCCGCUCACGCCCGCCGCCUGAGGCCACCCACGCCCCUAUCCUUCCCAACGCCCACACCCCAGAUGAUCCCCUACUGAACAAGGGCGUGCCUCGGGGGCCGCGCCGGGCCGGCUCACAGGCCCACGAGGACCAAGGGUGCACUAGGGCCACACCUGCCUAGUGCCACACCUGUACACACCUGCAUGGAGCCACCCCUCCCCCCACCACCACCACAUACCUGUCGGCCCCUCAGUAACUCACGAGUUUUUGCACCGCUGUACGAAUGAGGAGAAUAAUUAUUGGAAUACGCUGACGCCCUGUAAGGUCUUUGUUGUCUUCGAGUUUGUAUCUCCACCACACCGGGUUUUUAUGAACGCUGAGGUCUUUUGUGUUGUUUUAUUACGAUGAUUGCAGGAAAUGUCACCAGUAUAAGUUUUGAGGCAUUUUCCAGGCGUGACUUAACAAAACCUUGUCUUUUGGGCCAUUACCAAGUGUUUGGAGUAUAUACGAUAUAUAAUUUGUAUAUACCACACGAGUAUAAAUAACUUUUUUUAUUUCUAUUUUUCCUUUUUUUAUGUAAAUUGUCCUUAUUUUGAUCACAUUCCCUCAAUGUU